AUGCACGAUCAAUGGUAUCUCACGAGUGAACAAAUACCCGAAGGCUUUUAUUUAAUUGAAGUUUUACAUUCAGGUAAAUUUAUUACAUAUACAACUGAACGUUCAACAUUAGUACAACAAGAUCGAAAUGUUGAAAAUGAAGGUGAAUCACAAGUUUUUGAAGUUCAACAUAUAGGAUAUCGUGAUUAUAUUAUUCGACAUCGUUUCACUGGUCUUGUACUUACGGUUCAUAAUGGUUCACCAUCACCUUGUGCUCCCAUUGUUCUUUGCCGUUAUAUGGGACCUCGUACUCCAUAUCAAAUAGUUAAUUUUGAACGAUCCAAUGAACAAUCCAAUGAUUCAAUUAUAUUUAUAAAACACACCCGUAUGGUUUUUGAUAUUGAUGGUGGAAGUCAAAGUUCGAAUGCUCGUCUUCUUCAAUUUCCUCAAAAGAAAAAUAAUUUCAAUCAAAUAAAUCAACGUUUUCGUCUUCAUCGAGUGAUAGAUCGUCAAACACUACAAGCAAAUAUAACUAUUCCGGACGAAUUUUUUCGUUAA